GCGUGUGUGAGAAUCCCUGCGACACAAUCACAUCACAUUGCCACACUUUCAUUCUACGUUGACGAACACUGAAACGUUGUCCUCUCUUUCACUGUUGAGAGAUGGAUUUUACGAUCCGGCCAGCCACGCUAGAGGACUGUAAGGACAUCUCGCGGAUGAUACUGGAAUUGGCAGAGCAUGAAAAAGUUUCUGACCAGAUCAAAAUUACACAAAAAGAUCUAGAGCAGGAUGGAUUCUCGAAAAACCCUUUUUUCCAAGGAAUUAUUGCUGAAGUACCAGAACACCUUAAGUCCAAAACUGAUCAUACCAACAUUGGGUACUCGCUGUACUUCUACACAUACAGCUCAUGGAAGGGCCGAGCAGUGUACAUGGAGGACCUGUAUGUAAUGCCAGAGUUCAGAGGCAAAGGCAUUGGCAAGGCUCUGAUGGCCAAAGUUGCUCAGCUUGGUUUGGCCGCUGGUUGCACACAGCUGAAUUUCACUGUACUGGAUUGCAACAAGUCAUCUCUUGACUUCUACCUAAAGCAGGGCUCCUGGGAUUUGACCUCUGUCCUUGGCUAUCACUGUAUGCGCUGUGAGGGUGAGGCCCUUGAACAUUUGGCCCAGGGAGACCUUAAAAUUUAGCAUUUUCCCAGAAAGAGACACACGCAACAGGUUGUUUGGUAAGCAUGGGAAAUGAAUAAGCACUGUUGCAAACAAAGCUAUUAUAGACAAGCACUACUGGAAAGAGCUCUGUGACAAACAUUUUGUUUUAUACAUUUGCUUUUGCUCUUCUCAGUAAAGAAUGUGUAAAUAUGUAAACAAAAAUGAUUUAUUCUGCCUAUUUGAACUCUGAAGUCUAGGUUGUAAACCAAAGAUUCAGAAUCAGACUGUUGUUUCACUAGAUGGUAUAAAUAUAUUUAGUAUAUUAUAACACACAAUAUUUCUAUCAGUGGGAAAGGGACUACAUGGUGUUGAUGCUGUUACCAUUGUUUAUAACAAUGCUUUAUUUCUUAACUGUUUGUAAACUUUGUAGUAGUAAUUCAAAAGUGAACUGAUGUUUAGUACCCAAUAGAGGAAAUGUAAGAGCCACCUGUAAAGUUUUGUCAGUUUCUGCUGUACAUGGGUGUAUGAAUAGUUAAUUUGGUCCUGAAAUUCAGAUAUGUUUUAACUUUAAGCCUUUAGUAAGAAACCCACAUGCUGUUACUGAAGAUACUAAUAUGUAACCAGGGUUGGGGAGUAACGGAUUACUUAUGUUACCUAAUUAGGAUACAAAAAACGAACUGUAAUCUAUUUAUUUGACUUUUUUACAGUUACAUUAAAAACCCAUAGUAAUCAGAUUACAGUUACAUAUUGUAAAAAUGGGAAUACUUUCAUGAUUACAAUGGUUUCACUUAAAGCAAAAUAAAUUAUUAUUUUGGCAUAAUAACACUUAUUUUUAAGCACUGUUUUAUACAGUAGUUCCUGUUUCUGUGGUCAGUGAUGACUCACGUGAGCCCCCUGCAGGUGCAUGCGCAAAUAACACAUUACAUUCUCUUCAGACACAGGCUGAAUCGCAGCGCAGCUAGACAAGACAAGAGACAAAAUUAUCUUAGCUAAAAUGUUGUUUGUUAGUGUUUUAAAAUUAUAUGUUUGGUGUGAUUGCAGUUGUAAGUGGUUCUGUAAACUGAUUAACACAAUAUUAGUAUAUUCAUAAUGUCCUUUCUCAAAUUUAAAAAUGUUAGCUGGUGUAGGUAAUAAAAGUAAACUUCCCAAGUCUGUAUGUAACAAACACUAUAAGAAGACCUAGUCUAUCCUUUUAAUCUGUAACAUUUUAUGACGUUAUAAGUGUCUAGUCAUGUUGCGCAAAAGAAGAUGCUCAUGUUUAGAUUUUUACAAUCUGCUGUUUGGAGUUUAGCACUGUGUUUGUUUGUUUGUUCUGAAAUUCAUGAAUACAAUUAAAUUCGCAAAGCUUUUCACUGUUGUAGUUUUAUUUUUGCUUUACGUUUGCUUAUUAAAUGUCUAUGUUUAUAUAAAAAGCUUUUGCAUAAUCAAUAAAAAGAUAAAUGCUAGUUGGA